UUGAUUUGAAAAUAAUUGCCAUCCUCAUCGAAAGAAAAUCUCAUGCUGAAUGAAGUCAGUGAAGCUUUUUGACACUUGUCUUUCUCUGGUCCCAUAAAACGCCGAGCACUGUAGGGAGCACGGUCUUCCAUUCCACGUUCGGCCUAUCCAGCUGUUUUAUUUGUUGUGAAUUGAUGAUUGUAAUUGCGGAGAAUUGAAUUUCAAGCUCAUAGUACUGUAGGAGGAAUCGGCAUCAGCUAUUGAAUGGAGUAACCGACGGGCUGGAUGUGCCGACUGGGACAGUGAUAGCUAAGCUGCGUCCGUGUGUCUGUGUAGGCAUCAACGGAGCUGGCCACGACUGUAGAUAGUGAAUCAGGCCGGUUGUGGAGUUGGGCGUAUAAUAUUUAUUUUGCAAUCCGAAUUUGGAAUUUUUUGCUACUGUCGCCAUGGACGACACACUGCAGCGUGCCACUAGACUGUUGACCCAUCUUCAAUAUCAGUACAGUAGCAUCCUGUCGGGAAAGGCGGGUGGCGGAGCCGACGGGGAUUUCCCUCGCGACCUGGAGCAACUGGCCAGCAUGUGCGAUCGGCUGGACACGCUACUGAACAAGGAGCCACUGGCUCGGCGGCAGACGUGCAAGGCGCGCGUGGAUCAGAUCCGCUUCGACUACCAGACGUUGGCGCGCAACUACGAGUCGCACCAUCGGCGGCUGGCCGCGCACGAGCGCCAGACGCACGAGCGCGAGGAGCUGAUGGCGCGGCAGUUCACGCGCAACUCGCAGGAGACCAGUCUGUUGCUGGACAGCGCACUGCGUGAGAACACUUCGCUGCAGUCGAGCACGCAGGGCCUGGACGACCUCAUCGGCCAGGGACAGAGCAUUCUGAGCAAUCUGCGCGACCAGCGCUCCAUACUGAAGAACGCGCAGCGCAAGGUCCUGGACGUGAUGACCUCACUGGGCCUGAGUAACACGGUGAUGCGACUCAUCGAGCGCCGCAGCUCCCAGGACAAGCUGAUCAUGUUCGGUGGCAUGCUGGCGGUGUUGCUCUUCAUGUUCUUCUUCUACCGCUGGUAUCACAGCUAGACCCACCUCCUAUGAUGUCAUUGUACUAGGUCAGUUAAGUAGUGUGUGUGUGUGUGUGUGUGUAUGCGUAUGACAUCAUCAAAUGAAUGAUGAUAUCAUCGGUGCGCACAUGGUGUGCGCAUUCCCUUGGAGGGAAUGUCCAGGGGGAGUUUCCUCGUCUGCAGCCCACUCACACACACUGGAAAUGGAUAGUGAGAUGGUGUGUGUGUGUGUUUAUGUGUGGUUGUGGGCGUGUGUGUGGUGUGCGUGUAUGUGGUGUGCAUGCGUGUGUGUGUGUGUGUGUGUGUGUGUGUGUGUGUGUGUGUGUGUGUGUGUGUGCGCGUUGCAGCGCUGAGGCUGUGAGCGUACUGUGAAGGAAAUUGGUGGAACAUCGAUGUACACGAUGGCCACGACUAUAUCUGUAUCCAUGCUUGACUAUAGAUGUGCUGGCUUGCUGGCAAGCAGCAUCUCUCAUUGCAACUGCACCAUUAUUAUAGACUAUAGACUAUAGAGUGUUUGCCCUGGAGACCUACAAUUACCGAUCGGCUCCUACGGCUGCUGCUGCUGAGUAACUUAUGUGGCUUGACUGGCUUUGAAAAGCAGAAUCCACAUCGCUAUUGUUGCCAUUGCUGGUAAUCGACUGACUCCGCGCCGUCACCUGCGGCCUGCUCUCACGUGAUGCUGUGUUUUGUGAAUAGCAAAGUGAGGACUGCCAGUACACCUGUCUUGCACUGCCACCCCUGACUUGAACCCCCCUGGCCUAUUUACCCAGCUGUCGUCAUCGAUGCUGCAGAGCUUGUGCAGACAUGCCAGUACCGAAUGAUCUUGAUUCACUGCCAUGCCGGUUAUCCCCACUGCAGUGGUGUGUUUGACUGCAGUGGUAACAAGCUGGAUCUGUUUGAGCUGAUAGUGAUGGUGUUCCGUCAUCAUCCCCCCCCCCCCCUCCCCCUCCCGCACAUUUAUUUUAUUCGCCAUUUUGAUUGAGACCCAUCUUCUCCCCUCCAGACACGCCAGUAUGGUUCUGGCCUGUUUUUCUGGACCAUGGACGGCAGUGUCCUUCGUUGACAGUGCAGAGUUUCGUUGUUUUUUUUUAGUUUCUGCUGUGUGUUGACAAAAUUUAAUAUUUGUCACGGCUAUUAUUCUUCCCAUGCUGCCUUCUACCAUGCAUGUACAUGUAUCUUAUAUUAUGGAUAGUCUCCACUUCCUCCAACAUGGAAUACCUGUUUUUGAAGUUGUGUUCCAAUAAUAUGGACUGGUACAAGGA